AUGCUUCUGCUCCAUGAAGUCCUCGCUCACCCCAAGUGGGUCGACCUCUUCAUUGCCAAGGCGCACUCGACGGGCGCUGUCCUUGAAGACUUGCAUCUCGAGAAGCUUCAUGACGUUCUCGUCGCGUCUGUGGGCGGCGACACGGUGGCGACAACGGAUCUCACGGCCGCGUCUACUGGCCACGUCCUAGAGGGCCUCUACUUUGCAGUGGCUGACGUGGCCGAGAUGCGCGAGAUGAUGUGGAGCGGCGGCAACGACGACGUACCGUUUCCUCCACAAACAACGACGGUCCGGCGCGACGCCACGGCCUUUCUCUGCAUCGCGCGGUCGCCCGAGUCGCUCAAGACUGGCCUCAGUCGCAUGGACAUGGUCCGCGCGUACAGCAAGCCUGGCCGGUCGGCGAUUGUGAUCUCUGCCCACGACAUGCACGUCGAUCGCGCUCGCAACCCGCUGCGGUUUCACUACUUGUGUCGUCGCGCUGCGACUGUAGCGCGGUCCGAUCUCCCACCCACCAUCAAGCUUGUGGACUUGACGCAGUGGAAGCGCGUGCUCAAAGUCCUCGAUAUGGAUCGCACGCUUCGCCGCGCCUUUCUGGCCAAGGUGGUCGAGUAUGUGUUGCUGGUCGCGGCGGUACCGGCGCCUGUCGCGCCAGUGGCGCGGACUGCAGUCAAGCGGCCUGCGCCGUCGACGCCAAUAUGUCGCAUUGUACGCCCGACCAAGGCCAUGCGCAUGAGCCCCCGCAAUCGCGGCAAGCAGCUCCAGCAACUUGCCAAGCUUUUGCAAACCACGAUCGAUGGGCUUCACCAGAUGCACGCCCAGAUGAAGCUGCUCACAACAACCGUACUCACAACCAAUGUCGAGCCCACCACGAAGCCGCUGCGUCGUCGCCACUCGUCCUGCAACUAG